GUCGGACCACAAGUCAACCCAAGGCCAUCCCCUUCCUUAAGAACUCCUCAUUAAUGGACCUUCCCCCGCCCAAAUCCACAAUCCCCGUCAACUCCGCCUCCCCCAUUCGAGACGAUCUCUUCCGCACCGAGCUUAUUCUGCUCCGCAGGUUUUGCGGGAACCGGCUUGCCAUUCAGCUUGAUGUCUUUGCUCGGACUCGGACUCGGUCUCAGAAUCUGAAGAUUGGGGUUGUGAUUUCUUCUUUUCUUCUUCUUGAUCUCCUUCCUCUUCCUUUCCGUCUUCCUUAUGGGGCUCCACCUCUUCCUGUUCUACUUCCCUUUCUGAAGAGGAAGAAGAGGCAGAGGGCGGAUCAUCGCGGAAGGAACGCUUUGGCGCCAUUGACGAGGGCAGAGCUCUCUACUCUCGCUAGACACUAGACAGUAUAAGAACUGUGUGGUUGGAGUCUUUAUGUGUAUAUUGUGGAGGAGAGGAAGCGAGAAAGACGAUCUUGAGAAAGGAAGUCAAACGUUCCUAUAAGGGUUUUGGUUCUCUGAUUAAUAUGAAUUAAUCUUUUUUUUUAUGUGUAAUUUAAUUCUUGAGAUCUCAGACUACUGCAAUGGCCGCAUCCGAUGCCGCCGCCAAGAGAAGAAGGCUAAACGAGGGUUUGGCAGAUCCAAAGCUGCAGCAAUCAUCAACGGGCAUCAGAGCCAGCACCAGCGGCAGCAGACCCUCACCCUCCCACGGUCGUGGUUAUGAAGUCUUCCUGAGCUUCCGCGGAGCUGAUACCCGUAAAGGCUUCACUGAUUGCCUCUACAAUAGCCUGAGAGAUGCCGGGGUCGAUGUUUUCAGGGACAAUGAAGAGCUCCAUGUUGGGGAAGAGAUCGGUCCCCAACUCAUCGACAGGAUUGAGCGGUCCAAGAUCUCUAUCCCCAUUUUCUCCAAGAAUUACGCCUCCAGUAAAUGGUGCCUCCGGGAAUUUGCUUGUAUGACGGAAUGCAGGAAGAGGAUGAAGCAGACUAUGCUUCCCAUUUUCUACGAUGUCACGCCGAAUGAGGUUCAGCACCCCGAGAAGGGGAUUUAUGCUGAGGCCUUUUCUAAGCAUGUGGAGGAUUCAAAGCGCAAUCCGAGGAUCAAUGUUCAAAAGUGGAGGAAAGCUCUUUUGGAGGUUGGAACAUUGAAGGGCUGGGAUUUACAGAAUGAUACGAACGGACAUGAAGGACAAUUGAUAAAGCUAGUUGUCCGAAGGGUGCUGAGUGAUUUGAAGAAAGGCCAUCUUAUUUUGACUGAAAAAUUAGUCUCAGUCGACGAUAAGAAAAGGGCGAUCAUGAGAUUGCUUGACGUGGGGAAAGAAGACGUGAGAACUAUUGGGGUCUUUGGUAUGGGCGGCAUUGGUAAGACAACACUUGCCAAGGUCAUCUAUAAUGAAAUUAUGGGCUACUUUGACAGUUGCAGCUUCCUCAAAGAUAUUCGUGCAACAUUAUUGCAUUUUGAUGGCCUUAAGUGCCUGCAGAAUCAACUAGCUGCAGAUCUCUCUAGAUGUGAAGACCAAGACUUCACUACGACCGAUGAAGGAACGAAUGAGUUGCAACGCAGGUUUCGGGAGAAGAAAGUUCUCGUUGUUCUCGACGAUGUCGAUCACAGUAACCAACUCGAGGCACUGGUGUCAGUUGCUUGGUUUGCUCCAGGAAGUAGAGUCAUUGUUACAACAAGAUAUAAGAAUGCCUUAAAUUUGACUCCGAAAGAAUUGCGAUAUGAAGUUGAGGAAAUGAAACUGGACUGGUCAAUGGAACUCUUCUGCAAGCAUGCUUUCAGGGGUGACUCUCCAACGGUUGAAUUAAGGGCUCUGUCUAAUGCUAUUGUGAAGACAACCGGAGGGCUUCCUUUAGCGCUUAAGGUUAUAGGCUCUUUCCUUUGCGGAAAAAAGAAGGUCAUAUGGGAAGAGACGUUAAAGAAGUUGAAAGGAAAACCUCAUAUGGAAGUCCAAGAAAAGCUGAGGAUCAGCUAUGACUCGUUAGAACCUGAACAAAAGGAAAUAUUUUUAGAUAUCGCAUGCCAUUUCAUUGGAGAGGAUCCACAGGUGUUGUUUCGCAUGUGGGAAGAUUGCGAGUUUUAUCCAGAAAGUGGACUUGAUGAACUCAUUCUACGGUCCCUUGUUAAGAUCGGGGAGGACAACAAAUUGUCAAUGCAUGAUCAACUAAGAGACCUCGGCAGAGAAAUAGUUCGACCGGAGGAUGUCAAAAAACCAGGAAAUCGAAGUAGGUUGUGGAGCAAUGAAGAAGCAUUAAGUGUACUGAAGGAAUAUAAGGGGUCACCAUAUGUUGAAGCGAUUUGUGCAGAGUUUCCACAUUACGACGUUGAACAUAGACGUUUUACAGACCAAAACUUUAGAAACAUGUCUGGUUUGAGGUUCCUUCAAAUAGAUUGUGCUGAACUUGAUGGGGAUUUCAAGAACCUGUUUACAAAGUUGAGAUACCUUCGUUGGCGACAUUCUUGGCCGGUGUGUGAGCCAACCAACUUAGAUCUAACGAGCCUGGUUGUUCUUGAUCUAUCAUGCAGCUUAGUCAAACAUGAUUGGGGAUGCUGGAGGCCAUUGCAGGUUGCACCGGAGCUUAAAGUUCUUAUUCUACAGAAAUGUCUCCUAUUAACAACCCUAGACUUCUCAUUGUUUCCAAAUUUAGAGGUCUUGAUUCUUGACGGAUCCCGGAAUUUGCAAGAGAUUGACCCAUCAAUAAGGUGUCUUAGAUCCUUGCGUGUCUUAAAUAUGAAUUUCUGUGAAGCCAUUGAGGAGCUUCCACCUGAGUUGUGCUUUCUAAAAUCGUUAGAAUUAUUUUCGGCCAGGCACUGCUCCAACUUAUUGAAACUUUUUGAGGGACAAGAGAAAUUAGAAGCACUGAAGGAGUUGAAUCUUCAAGAGUGUGGGAAAAUUACAAAGCUUCCUAAUUUAUCGAACUUCAGAGCUUUGAGGAAAUUGGAUGUGGCUAAAUGUUACCAACUAUAUGAACUUGAAGGGCUUGAAGAGUUAGUAGAACUGGAGGAGUUGUUUAUUGGAGAAUGUACUGAAAUUGAAAAGUUGCCUAUUCUAUCAAACUUAAAAGCUUUGAGAAAGAUGCAUGCAGGAGGAUGUCGAAAGCUACGAGAGCUUGAAGGACUUGAUGGGUUGGUAGCUUUGGAAGAGUUGGAUGUUGAUGGAUGUCGAAAGUUACGAGAGCUUGAAGGACUUGAUGGGUUGGUAGCUUUGGAAGAGUUGAAUGUUGAAGAAUGUACUGAAAUUGAAAAACUGCCUAAUCUAUCAAACUUAAAAGCUUUGAGAGAGAUGCAUGCAGGAGGAUGUCAAAAGUUACGAGAACUUGAAGGACUUGAUGGGUUGGUAGCUUUGGAAGAGUUGGAUGUCUUUGGAUGUACUGAAAUUGAAAAACUGCCUAAUCUAUCAAACUUAAAAGCUUUGAGAAAGAUAUAUGCAGGAGGAUGUCGAAAGUUACGAGAACUUGAAGGACUUGAUGGGUUGGUAGCUUUGGAAGAGUUGGUUGUCUUUGAAUGUACUGAAAUUGAAAAACUGCCUAAUCUAUCAAACUUAAAAGCUUUGAGAAAGAUAUAUACAGGAGGAUGUCGAAAGUUACGAGAGCUCGAAGGACUUGAUGGGUUGGUAGCUUUGGAAGAGUUGGAUGUCUUUGGAUGUACUGAAAUUGAAAAACUGCCUAAUCUAUCAAACUUAAAAGCUUUGAGAAAGAUAUAUGCAGGAGGAUGUCGAAAGUUACGAGAGCUCGAAGGACUUGUUGGGUUGGUAGCUUUGGAAGAGUUGCUUGUCUUUGAAUGUACUGAAAUUGAAAAACUGCCUAAUCUAUCAAACUUAAAAGCUUUGAGAAAGAUGCAUGCAGGAGGAUGUCGAAAGUUACGAGAGCUUGAAGGACUUGAUGGGUUGGUAGCUUUGGAAGAGUUGAAUGUUGAAGGAUGUACUGAAAUUGAAAAACUGCCUACUCUAUCAAACUUAAAAGCUUUGAGAGAGAUGCAUGCAGGAGGAUGUCGAAAGUUACGAGAGCUUGAAGGACUUGAUGGGUUGGUAGCUUUGGAAGAGUUGAAUGUUGAUGGAUGUAUUGAAAUUGAAAAACUGACUAAUCUAGCAAACUUAAAAGCUUUGACAACGAUGCAUAGAAGGAUGUCGAAAGUUAUGAGAACUUGAUGGGUUGGUAAAUUUGGAAGAGUUGGCUGUUGAUGGAUGUACUGAAAUUGUAAAACUGCCUAAAAAUUAUUAAAAGAAUAUACGCUGAUGGUGCUCUCGGAACUCAAUGGCUUUCUUGCAAUGCUUAUUGCUUCCAAUUGUGGAGAACUCUGGACUCAGAAUAGAGCCAUUAGCCAGGCAUUACUUCUACUACUGCUGCCACAACCACUGUUACCUCUACCAGUACAGCUGCUAGCCAGGCACCAUCAGCUCUUGUUGCUGCUUCCAGUAGGAAACUUCAAGUGUAAGCAUACCUUCUGCUGCACCGAAAAUGCCAUCAGAAAUCACUGGGAAGACAGUUGAGGAGAUCAUCAAGGAGUGGAACGCUGAACUGCAAGAGCGAACAGGGAAAUUUCGGAAGCAAGCCAGUGCAAUAGCUGAAUGGGAUAAGAGGAUUUUGCAAAAUCGUGAUGUUCUUCUUAGGCUUGAGAUUGAAGUAGCAAAAGUGGUUGAGAUGCAAGCUAGGUUGGAGAGACAGCUGGAACUAAUUGAAACUCAUCAGCAAGAGGAUGAGUUGCUCACAGAAAUGCAUCUGAAUAUGCAUUGACGGUUUAAGAUACCGACAAAGUUGGUUCCUCGAGCUGGUACAGAAAGAGGUUGACAAGGCUUUGCAGAGCAUUGAAGAAGAAGCUGAGCGCAUUUAUAAGGACGGACUUGUAAUACUUCUUGAUGACGAAGCUGCAUCUACAAGAGAUGCAAUGCAUGAGCAAGCUGAGUUUAUAGAGAGGGAGCUAGAGCAAAUGACCAAACAGAUCAAAUCAAUCAUUCAGAACCUAAACUCCAAUCAGGGUGGAGAGCUUGCGGCGGUUGAUGGAUGACGCCAUUGGAUGUUGUCUGGAUAUUGAAUAAUCAGCUGAGCUCCCUAAUGUGGAUUGAUGAGAAG